UGGAACACAAUAGAAGUCUCAUAGAUUCAUGGUCUCUAAUCUGUGAUUAGAUGAAUAAAUAUUAUCUAUCUACCUACCAACCUAAUUUUUAUUUAUUUUAUAUUGUGUUUUAAAUAGAAAUAUCAACUUGAUUACUAUAAAGUGUUGUUCUAUAGACUACGUGAACUUUAAAUUCAUGACUCGGAUAUGUUCAUAUUGUUUCUAAACAAAUUGUAUACUGAAGUGUUUUAAUAAAUACAAUUUCAAUUAUUUUAUACCUAAAAGAUUUACAACAAAUUAUGUUAAUUUAUCUUACAACUAAGAUAUUAUUGCCUAUCUAAAACCAUGGCCGAUUCAGGUGUUGAUACCAGUAACGAAAGUAGUGAUAACCCAGUUUUUGAUCAUUCUCAAUGUGUCUUAGAAUUCAGCCCACCAGCAAUACCAAUAAACCAAGCAGGUCAACCUAUGCCUGUUGAAUACUUUAGUGACCGACAUGAACACAUCGGCAAGAUCAAAUGUUCUACCAAAGCUAGACACUGUAGAUUGAAAUAUAGGUAUGGGGGAUCAAUUUGUUCAUCAAGAAAUCAAAAGUUGCGUUUUGCCGCCUCUACUAAUAAUGUCGAACUUGUUGAGAAGCUGCUACUGGCAGGAGCCGAUCCCAAUUCAUCAGAUGAACAUAAAAGAAGCCCAUUACACUUGGCAGCUUGUUGGGGUUAUGUUGAUAUUGUAAGAACACUCCUAAGACAUGGUGCCAAUCCUAAUAUUAAGGAUACAUUAGGCAAUACUCCUCUUCAUCUAGCUGCAUGUACAAAUCAUAUUCCAGUAGUUAUUGAGCUGCUUGAUGCGGGUACAGAUGUCAGUUCAAAUGACAAAAAUGGUCGCAAUCCACUCCAAUUAGCACAGAGUAAAUUAAAACUUAUAAGAAUGCGACCCAGUGGUGCAGGGCCAUCCGAUGAGACAAAACAGCUUAUUAAUGAAAUAUGUUUAGUAGUAGAAAUGAUGUUGAAGUACAUGAAGAUACAAAAAGCCGAUGCUGCUGAGUUGGAAUCCGUCCGUGAGAGAUUAGAGCGUGUCAGUACUCGAGAACAAGUGGACUCUGAAGUACAAAACUUACUAGACAGUCUUGACUCACUGAAAUUAAGAUAAUUAUUGUAUUCAUUUUUUGAUAAAAAUUUCAAGACUGUUGAAAAAUUGAAACUGCCUAUUGAUAAGGGUGUAUUCACAUGACCUGCCAGAUUGAUUUAUCAGUACUCAUGUGUUAGGAAGUACUGCUGGCAGUUUGCAACAGCAUGUAGGUGUUCUUACCUCUAUUGUUGCCAGUUGUAACACACCUAAAGCUCACAAUUAGAUUGUAAAGAAAACUUUUUUAAGCUAAGUAGGUACACUUUUCACAUACUUCAAUGAUAAUAUUAUGUUUAGUUUGUACAAAUAUAAUCAAUUUGUGUAAUAAGACAAAUUAUUUGCUUAUUCAGGAAAUAAGUAUAGACAAUUUGUAUUACAAUAGUGUAGCCAAAAUAACCAUUACAAUCCUUGAAGUUUUGUAAUCCUUAUAAAGAUUUAUGAUUGUAAAAUAUUUUUCUUUCUAUCAAUCUAACAAAAAAUAGUUUUUAAAACAACACUUACACAAUGUGAAGGAAGAAUAAUUUAUUUCUAUAAAAAGAAUAAUUUUUAUGAUGAUCUAAUCUAUCUUUAAGUAAGGGAUAUUAUAUUGUUAUUUUUUAUAUUUUUAAAUGUUAUUCUGAAAUUUUCAGUCUUACAAGAAUGUUUACAGUGACCACAUUUAUAGCUGAUAAAGGACAUGUUUCAUUUUACACUGCAUAUAACUGAUAGUCUUUAGUGUUCAGUGUAUAUAUGGUUAUAACACUAUCAAGUAUAUAAAAAUCGUAAAUAUGAGUUGGGGAAAAAAAAGCUAAAAAUGAUCUCACUAGAUUAUAAAUUACAAGAUAAUUGUAAAUCAUCGAUAUAAAAAGUCUGUUCCUGGUAUAAUAAAUUUAUUUAGAUAUGAUUCUAUAUAUUUCAUAGUCUUAUAACCUAUUACAGAUAUGAAACAUGGACUAUUAAGAAUGAUGGACCUGUGAUAUCUGAUGAUAUACAUGUACUACAUAUGCAUUUCUUAUUAGGGUCCAACCAUUUGCAUAUGCUUUAAUAACAUUAGAUAUCUAUUAUGACAUAGAAAGGGUUAGUUAAAAUAGGGUUAAUUUACCCAAUAUUUUGCAUGUAAGUGUAAAUGUGUAUUCAUUACUUAUUUUUGAAUUUUGAUUUCAAGAAUAUAAAUUGUUUAACUACUUGAAAAGUAAGAUUAUAUAAUAAAUAUAUAAAUUUGAUUGAUAAA